AGAAGGGUUCGGUGGUGAGGUUUGGGGGAAGAUAGGAUAAUAAUCGUCAAAACUUUUGCCUUUAAAAACAGGGCAGAAAAAGUGAAUGGCUGUUUCACUUAGAGAUGGUUGUGUAACAACAAACAUUUGUUCUCUCACAUUUUCCGUGGGGCAGGAAUUUGGCAGUGACUUAGCCAGUUGCCUGUAUCUCAAGGCGUCUCGCUAGGUGGCAGUCAAGCUGUCAGCGGGGCUGUGAUCUCAUCUGAAGGCUCCACGGGCGGUGGAGUUGGGAUCUGCCUCCCAGCUCACUCACAAAGUUGUUGGUAGUCCUCGGACCUCACACCUGAGAUCUUUCAAGGGCUGCCUCACGGUAUGGUCGCUGGCUCCCCCCAGAGCAAGCAGUUUGAGAGGGUGCCUAAGACAGAAGCUACAGUCUUUUCAAUCUGGUCUCAAAACUGACAUCUCAUCACUUCUCCUGGAUCUAGUCAUGAGAAAGCAGAGAGCAAGUCCAACCACAUUCAAUGGGAGAGGAAUACACAAAGGUGUGGGGACCAGGAAAAUGGGAUCAUGGGGACAUCUUCCACAGUGAGGAGAAAAGAGCUGCUUUCAAUAUUUCUAAUGGGGUUUAUGAGUUUAAUGAUAAGAGAGUACGGAAAAUGGAAAGAGGACGAAGAUGCCUUGGCUGGUAUGAAGUGUGUGGGCCAGGACACAGCCAGAAACGAGAUUAGCCAGGUAGGGGAGAAUCCUAUUAGAGUUCGGAGGGCCACAAGUUUACAAAUGUAUCCAGCUGAUGUAAAAAUUUAUUUCAGGUUCAUGGUGAAUAACAUCCUGAAGAGGAUAGGAAGGAUUGACCAUGAACACAGGAUCCCAUGCAGGAAACCACAUCGUGUUCACUCACCGUGCACGCCUCCUUGUGCUGCGACAGUUUCUCUGACUUUCCUUUUUUUGAUGACCUUGGCAGUUUUGAGGAGGACUGGUCAGGUAUUUGGAAGAAUGUUCCCCAGCUGGGAUUUGUCUGGUGAUUUUCCUCAUGAUGGGACUGGGGUGAUGGGUUCUGGGGAGGAAGACGGCAGGGGUGAAAUGCCCUUCUCAUUACAUUGUCUCGGAGGGACGUGCUAUCAGCAUGACCGAUGGCUGGUGCCGUUGACCCUGAUCACCUGGCUGAGGUCGUGUUUAUCGGGUCUCUCCACUGGAAACGUACACUCUGCCCCUGUCCACACUGUCCUCUUUGGAAGGAAGUCUCUGCACACCCCACACUUAAGGAGUGGGGAGCAGUGCUCCACCCUUGAGAGUGAGAAUCUACAGAAUUUGGGGUUCUCCUGUCUCUUCUCCCCCAUUUGUUUGUUUCCUCGCUCCCUCAUUUACAGCAGUGUGCACUCGUGGGGAUUUCGUUCAUGCGCUAGGUUCUAAUCCUACACUACUUCACUUGUUGCUCAAAUUGUUCCAGACUGAACCGCUGGGAGCUCUUUCACUUGGCCCCUGUGUCGCUUUGAAAUGCCCCACCGUGGGUGCUUUGUGGAGCACAUCCCUCUGACACUACAGGAUGCCCCAGACUCACCUGGAAUGUUCCCUGCCCCAGUCCUAGGGUCAGACAUUUCUCCGAGGAGCCCUGGUUCCUUUCCUUACAGAAUAGCGUUAGAAAUGAAUUAUUAAAGUGUGACAAUAGUAGGGUUACUUUUUUACAUUUUUUUUAACGUUUCUUUAUUUUUGAGACAGAG